AGUUCUGUCAUGCACCUAAAGGAAGAGAAGUAUCCGGUAUUACCUUUCAAAGUAAGACGCCCCUAAAAACACCCUCUUAUCAUGACACCAAAUAUUUUGCUCACCUAUUGAUCUAAAUUGUCGGCGAUGAUAUAACACAUACUUUUGUAAUGGCAAAACACAUACGAAAACGUUCGAGCACAUGUUAUUUACAAAUAAAGAUAGAGUCUUGUUUUGAAAAUAAUCCAGCGUUUCCGGAAUUGUUUUAGCACGCUAGUUCACGAGAAGCAAAUAUGCGAAUCGAGUAGCUCAGAUAAGAUUUAUUUUUCGGGAAGCAUCCAGCGAAAAAAUGUAUCUCAAUAGUUCCUGCUGACGCACUCCAAUACUCUGCACAAAGUUAACAGUGGCACCAGAAAGAAGGUGGAGACACAUGUGGAUGCUGGUGUGAAGCUGUGGAAGCGGGUGGAGCUGCUGCUGCUGCUGCUACUGCCGCCAGGUGAUCAUUCAUCAUGAAGCCAGUCACUUGCCAGCGCUCUCCUUCCACAAAGACUGGACAACCACAUGGCUACCUGGUUCGUACGCCCAGAUUUCUCGACACGAUGCAUUGCAGCAAGUGUGGAUUUGCUACGUCGGACAUGGACCUCUUCAAGAGGCACAUGCUUGACCACAUGGGGUCCAAACUGUUCUGUUUUUACUGCCACAAGGCCGUAUUAAGCAAGGCCGAACUCUACGCACACCUGGAGGAACACAGCAAAUCAACCUUCACAUGUCCGCACUGUGGACAGCAAUACCUGCGGAAGGUUAGCCUUUUACAACACAUUGCGUGUGUGCAUAAUAAAAACAUCGGUCAGGCACCCAAAAAGGUUGGCGAUAGCAAGGAUCCCCAGGCCUCCAAUGCUUUGCUAUUUGUGCAGAGUGCUGAGCACUCAACACGGCCACCAGUUCAAGUGAAUGUGCCAUCCCAUAGCACGCCCACUGGCAGUCUCGUUAAAGACGGGCAAAAAUCAAGAACAAUGAACACAAUGCUUCCCAUUUGUUCAAAUGGUGUUCCAGAUAGUUUCAUCCAUCACAACAGGGCAUUAACAGUGUCACUGCCAGAGGAAGUAAGUAUCCCUGUUGGGUGUAUGGUUGAACUUGUGGAAGUAAAAACAGUCAACGGGUCAAAGGAGCUAAAGCUGAGACUGGUGUCAAAACAAGAAAACGAUGCAGAAGUGAAAGACACGAGAACAACAGUUCAACAGAAUGUCAUGGUGGGCAAGACUUUAGCGUCCAAAUUAAAUCACCCAAGCGCAGUAAAGUCGACAAAUGUGGGAAUGUGCAAUGAGAACAGGAAGCAGUUGGAAACAAAGACGCUGGGUCAGCAACGCACUGCUGGCAAACCAUCCAACAUGUCUAAAAACCUUGUCUCAGGUCAAGCAAGCCAAGCAAAAGUCACACUGAAAAGGACGCCACAGGAAGUUAUCAACUUAGACAGUCCGACCAAGGUGGCCAAAACUGUCUAUACUGUGAGAGAGCGCAAUGAAGUUGUAUCCAAGCAACCUGAACCUGUUCAUAAUCAAGCCAAAGCGACCAAUGCUCUCUUGAACCGUGAGACCAGAAUUCUGACGCGUGUCUUACAGCCAGUAUUAACGGGAUCAUGUGCAUCGCAACAAAGAACUGAUGAAAGGCUCAGUAUUCCAGAUAAGUGCAAGGGUAUUCCCCCGACAAAUGCAGUUUUGUCCCGAGACGCAUCGACCAGCGUUGUUUGCCUCAAUGAUAACGCUGGCUCCAAAGUCAAGGAAACUCUGAAGGUCAUGAACACUCCAGCGGGUGUCAACCAGCCAAGUCACAAGUCCACCUCCUCCAAUGUUCGUUCAGAUGCAAAUAUCCGAGUGUUGCGUGCAGAGGUCAGUCUUUGCCAGGAGAGCGCUACUCCUCAUUCGCCUUUUCCCGGUUCCGUCACAGUGCAGAAGACGGCCCGUCUGACCCCAUCGCUCAAAGAACCUGUAGUGCCAUGCCGCUCCAAGUCAGACAAUGCAGCUUGGCCUCAAAAUGUCUGCCCGAGCAAGUGUGCGUCUGAAAGAGAUACGCCUAAGCCCGAGGGUUUCCCGAUCAUCUCCUCCGUGUUUUCCCUGAGCGAAGGAGACGACGAGGGCGCCAUGAAGCCACUGGUCAUGGCACUGCGGGGCAUCGUGAUGGACAAAAGCAACACCACCGAGAAGUUGAGCCCAGAUGUGAAUUGUGAAGCUCAGUUAGAGACGAACCGGACGUGUGGCUCUGUCAAAGUCGAAGUUGCCCAACAACAGCCGUCCGUCCCGGUGCUGAAUGACAGCAACGUUGAUGUCAAGGUGGAGAAAACCAACUCGACACAGACGGACAAUCCUGGCUGCAAUCCCACCUUGAAAUCCGAAAAGGAAGAGCUUGUUCCUGACAACUCAUCGAAUGCGGACGCUUUUGCGACUGUAAAUCGCCAGUAUGACCUCUCCAAAUUCUUGACCGUCUCGUUGACAAGAGUGGACGAACGUGGCGUGUGGAUGAACAGCGGCAACGAAUCGGAACCCUCGGCACUUCAAGAGGACGUUCCGAUCGUCGGGCGCGACACCGGCCACUUGAUGCCACUCAAGGCAGAACAGCCGGUGACGUUGCCGGGCCCGAACCAGCCCGUGGUCGUGCUCAAUCACCCGAAGCCUCGGGUCCCAAUACAAGAAACGGUCCACGCUGUGGUAAACACUGGAAUCCCGGAAAAGGCCCCAAAGUGCCAGAUAUUAAAGAUGAGGCUGGGCAAAGUGAUGGGGCAGAAAUAUGAGGUCACUGGCUGCACUGUCAGGUUCUCCCAGUGAGGUGCUUCUCAUCAAUUUGGGAGCGACGUACUCUUGUCACUAUCAUGCCAUGUUUUCUCCACUCAAGAUCCUGUUGGAGUUCUCCUCCUGCUGCGACUUGUACUGUGAUGACCAAAAUGUCAGGAAAGGUCUGUGAGAACAACUGGGUGUGAACACUUUUGCAACCAAGUUUUGUCAUUACUUAUCCCCCAAAAAGCUUCCACGUAUGUUUCCAGUGGGGUUCUGCAGGUUGUAGGUCACAUGUAUGAAACGGUCCUUGAACUUGGUCUCAUUGUUGUAUUACAAAAAUAAGAAAUCUUUUAUCUUAGCUGUUUCCUUGUAAACUGUACAUAUGUGGAAAGUGUGACAAUUUUAAGAUAUUCUACAUGACAACGUAUGUUCCGAAAAACUAAUGAUUUUUGUUUGUUUGCCAAUUUCUGCCGAAAUGUUUCAGCAACAACGGAGCAUGUAACUGAUGGGGAAAGUAGCAAUGAGCAGUACAAAUAAAGAUUAUUCCGAGUCGUCUGUAGCAGCAGUUAUAAAUUAAAUAAACCGUUUGUUUAGAGUGAACAGAUUUGGCAAAGUGAUACAUGAUGACAGCUAUCCAUGUGCUAAGUUGAUCAUAAAGUAAUAUUUUUUACAUGCUGUUCUGUUGAAGUUUUUGCUACUGAGUUGCGUUUGGGGCGAUUCGGAACCUUGCUCAAGUGCUUAUCUGCAAAAUUCAAUUCCCGCUCUUUGAAAAUGCAGGCCCUAUUUGAGAGGCUGUGCUGCAGCAUGUCACGUGCAAACGAUUCUAAACAAAGAUCCUGCCAGAGUUGUUACUUUUCAAACACAUCUGUCAAAGUCUGCUUUAUUGUCAACGUCUUCACAUGCCGAGACACACAAAGAGAUCGAAAUGACGUUUUCUCUAUCCCACAGUGACAAGACAUAUUACACGACAGACAUACAAGUAAACGGCGCAAUAUAAAAAACAAGAAGGCACAAACAAUAAAUAAUAAUAAUAUAAUCUGGCCCUUCUCAUCAUGUUUGCACAUUUAAGGUAAACAUUACCCACCAUUUACAUCACGAAAAACUGUCAUACAGCACAUCUAGUGUGUUUUGAGCCUUCAUGAAGAACAGUAUGCUGCAAGCACAUACAAUUCAGGAGGCCAUUGCCCGCUGGAAAUUUUUAAUGGCUUACUUGGAGGCAAAUAUUUAAAAGUUGUUUUCCAUAGCAUUCGUAAGGGAACAUACUUUUGUUGUUGUUCCAUCCUAAUAUGUUUGGGAGACAAUUUUUCUUUCUGCAAAUUGAAAGUUGGCCUUCAUUCUUACCCUAUGCUCAUCCAUCCAUUUUCUGUAGCGCUUCCCCCCAUGGGGGCCGCGGGCAUGCUGGACUUAGCAGGCAAUAAGCGGGGAACACCCUCAACUGGUUGCCAGCCAAUCGUAGCCUCUGAUCAUCUGUUUUAAUUAUCUUCACAAAUGACAUUAUUUGUAAAUGUUAUUGUAAAUAAAAAAAAUACCAUUCAGGUGAUGUUUUUUUUCAAAGCUAGUCGCCUGAUGCAUCAUCAUUGUUUUUAUGACAAAAGCAACAUUUCUUAACCCAGAAUAAUGCUGAUGUACAGGCGGGAGGAAACUAUUACUGUUCUGUGCAGCAUUCCUGUCCGUGUAUUGUUGAUUGUAUAUUUAAUGUACCAAUACCUUGAUUAUACUGACUAAGCAUCCGUGCUUAGAAAUCCUUUCAUCUUUUGGUCGAUUUACAUAUGUGUCUACUGCAUGUAUGCAUUUUCACUCUCUUUUUCCCCUCUCUCUUUUAGAGAGCGCUUUCUGGCCAAAGUCUUAAGUACACCUUUCAAUACAAGACAGAAUAGAACAAUCUGCACUUUGAAUGACAAUGUCAGAGAGGCGUAACUAUAUAAUGGUUAUUAUGGUUGUAUUUCUCAGGUGUGCCUAAUAAAAUGUCCAGUGAGUGUCACAAAAAACUCAACUUCAAAUUGUGCUAUCCGAGCAGCAAGCGUUUGUGCAAUGACAAACCUGCCAUGACUUAAACAAAAGAAAAUAUUUUUUGUCGACGUGAAGCCCUUUGAGACUGCUUGUGAUUUAGGGCGAUACAAAUAGACUUGACUUGACAGCCUUUUUAAGUGUUUGCAGAACUUUGCCUUUUUUGUUGCUCAGUGUUCCAUAUAUGUUUUUAUAUUAUUACUGUCUCUUUUCUAUUAAAAUCGUGAUCAUGAUGAACACAAGCAGA